GAAGUGGCGCUCGGCCGAACUAGCGAUAUACCUCUUGGCCUUAUAUAUAGGCCUCACACUGCCAUGGUUAUCCAUGAACACCUAAUGUUCUUUAUGCCACUAUCUGGAUAUCUCCUCACCAAAAACGAUGCCAUUUUAUCACAUAGUUCUAUUUCGGCUUAAGCCGUCGGCCCCCGAGGAAGUGAUAGACGAGUUCAUCAAGAGGGCGAAAGCCAUGGAAACGGUUCCUGGGGUAUUGAAAGUCGACGUCAACAGCCCCUUGGCUGCCACUGCUAAUCGAGCCAACGGUUACGGCUUAGGUAUCGUGGCCGUUUUAGGGAGUCUAGAAGACCUUGAUGUCUGGGCUGCUCAUCCGGCCCAUCUAAAAGCUGGUGAGCUUCGUGAUCAGCUAUUCGAAGGAUCCAUGUCAUACGAUUUGGAAUUUCCCGCUUGAUGCUAGAUUUAAGUUCUGUUUAUACGGGAAAACUUGUUUGCGACCUCACUUUAGAUGGACUUUCAAUGAAGCUAUAGAUAGAUACAGCUAGAAUCUCCCGUCCAAGCACUUGCUGGGUUAGACAUGCAGAAGAUGGAACGUUUUAGUUCGUUAUAACUAGGCAUAAGCAUAGGCAAACUUUCAUUAGACACAUGGCAUACUAAAGCCCGCAUUACCCAGAAUAGCAACGUUCCGUCUUCUAUUGACAUCUCCGGC